ACGGAAGUUUUGCAGGAACGGAACCUCUGACGUGUCAAAUUGUCGCCAUUUUCCUGAGGAAGGAAACGCCUUGAAGAGGGAAGGGAAUAUAUAAACUGUGUUUAUUUUUGCCAAAGUAGGUUCCUAUCACCAGCCACCAUGGGGAAUGUGUUUGCAGGGUUAUUUAAAAUGUUCGGAAAGAAGGAGAUGAGGAUUCUCAUGGUGGGCCUGGAUGCUGCUGGAAAAACAACUAUUUUGUACAAGCUCAAACUUGGAGAGAUUGUGACUACCAUUCCUACAAUAGGCUUUAAUGUAGAGACAGUAGAGUACAAGAACAUCAGUUUCACAGUAUGGGAUGUCGGUGGUCAAGACAAAAUUCGACCGCUGUGGCGUCAUUACUUCCAGAACACACAGGGUCUCAUCUUUGUUGUGGACAGCAAUGACAGAGAACGAUGUACGGAGGCUCGUGAAGAGCUCUUGAGAAUGUUGGCAGAGGAUGAGCUGCGUGAUGCCGUCCUAUUAGUGUUUGCCAACAAACAAGACCUUCCAAACGCUAUGAAUGCUGCUGAACUCACAGACAAGAUGAAUCUUCACUCCCUACGCAACAGACACUGGUACAUCCAGGCAACCUGUGCCACCACUGGAGAUGGUCUCUAUGAAGGACUGGAUUGGUUGUCUAAUCAGCUAAAAAACCAUUAAUAAUCACAGCUAUCCAAACCUACCUACUCCACACAAUCUCUGACCUUGCUCUCUACUCUCAAGGUGUUGCAAAACUGAGCUACCUAGUCCAAAAAAAAAAGAAAAAAGAAAAAAAGAAACCGGAAGCUGCCCUCUCCUCAGCAGUUAUUCCCACAGACAUACAGGCCAGUGGUGGGGUUGAUCUAUUCUUGUAAAACAUUUUUUUUUUUUUUAAUGUAAUUGUAAAUAUAUUUGGUAAUGGGGCAGCUUAUUGCACUCUUUUAGAUUCUGCCAUGGUUAUUUUUCUCUUUCUGGCUGAGGGGCAGCCAUGUGUGCAUUGAAUAAGAAAAGGGAGGCAAUGAAAUAAGAAUUUACCAGCACAUGUUGGCCCCCGGGACCUCAAUGCAAUCUGAUGACCUGUUAUUAUCUUGUCACACGUACUGUAGAGAGUGAUCCAUGAGGGGCUUUUAAUUUUCCAAAAACUGAAUUAUACACUGAUGCACUACUUGCAGCUACUAUGGUUACUCUAACCAGUGACUACAUGUACCAGUCCCCAAAUUACCAUUUAGUAAACACUGGCAUACUAUUUGUACUGACAUCACUCUGUCCAAAUUGAGAACUCCUUGUCUGUGAACACUUGCCAGCCUUUGUUAUACAGUGCGUUGGCUUGAAUUGAGAAAUGCAAUGAUCUCAUAUCUACCUGCUUUAUGGUUGUUUGAAAGGCAGUCUGUUGUGUCAGCGUUGGGUUUUCGUAUUUCUGAGUCUCAGGUUGAUCAUGUGCUGCCUUUGCGAUAUAAUUGUUAGCAAAACUGCAUGAUGUGUUCCGUUGGUCUUAAAGGGCAUGCAUAUUUACUGGGUGUUUACAUCAUUAGCCUGCACAGGAACUGUUACCCCACUGAGUACUCUCAACAGCCCUGUACUGUUACUAGUGUAAACUGUGUGAGGUAAUUGUAACUAAAGGAGUUGCACACUACAACACCCUUAGUGUUGUCACUAAUGGCUCUGGCAAGUCAGGCCUUUUUUCUUUUUUUAUUCAUUACAAUCUGGAAAAUGGCAUUUUGAUGGCAAUACAAAAUCAGUUUCUGCGACAUUUUUACUAUAGUGCCAUUAUUUCUUCCUUUGCAGCACAUUGUCCUUGGGAUAAACGGGAAGUCAUACAUAUGCCUUGUUAUCCAAGACACAUGUUGCCUCUUCUUUUCUAAAAGGUGUGGGUGUUCCUUUACUUGCUCCGAAGAUUACUCUGGGUUGCAUUAAACAUUUUUUUUGAAUUAUAACUGUCUAAAUAUUUGAAGACUAUAUUAAUCUCUUAAGUUUGUCUGUGUUUUUUUAUGUAAAGCUUUUGUUUUGUGAGGAAAAAAAAGGCACUGUAAUUAAAGUGACUGGAGAAAAAUGUCUGAAGAUGAUUUUCAUUGUUUCACUCUAUGCAAUAAAAUGACUGAACGUUAAAUUUG